AUGAACGAGCGCAAACGACGACCCUCGACGCGGUCGUUAACGAGGCAGAAGCGGGUGACGUCUUGCGAUAAUGUGAAGUACAAUGAGAACGUCGAGACUGGCUUUGAUUUGACCGCGACUUGUUUGUCUCCUUCCAGUAGCGUACAAAGUAUUCCGGAGUACAGCCGAGUUAGUUCAACGACGUCACCGGUUGGCGAUUAUGCAGUUACGGUGAUGAUGGACAAAGGAUCAGUACUACAAAGGGCGGCCUGGUUUCUGUCAAACCACGAAAAGACGUCCGUGGACCUGCCGGAUCCGGAAAAACUGCGAGGGCUCGCAAGCGUUGGCCGCACCAUUCAACGGACCGGUUCACAAUUACGGAAGACGCGUCUUUUCCAUUUGUUUUAUAUUUUGGUCCUUCCAGUAUAUACUGUUAUAGGAGCUUGGAUAUUUAAGACACUUGAUGGUGAGCACGACGAUCGGCUGAUUGAGGAGUUUCGGAACAGGUGCGAUCUUUCUCGCAACAGUACUCUUAUUGAAAUCAUGUCUCUAUGUGAGUCCGGUGGUAAUUGCUUCAAUCUGAUGAAGGUUUACCUAGAAGAAGUGGAGCGUUGCUAUAAAAAUUGGCAUAUGGUAAACAGGACGAUUACGCAUUCAAUGAAUGAUUUUACUAACGCUCUUGUUUAUGCUUUUAGCGUCUACACAACAAUAGGAUACGGGAAUAUGGCUGCCGAUACGACUCAUUGUCGAGUGGCCACAAUUAUCUACGGGGCUUUUGGUAUUCCAUUGUUCUUCGCAUUCGUGAAAGAGGAGGGUAAUCUUUUCCGAAACGUGUUCAUCUUUAUUUAUAAUCGCAUCACUAAAUGGAGGCGGAAACACUGUAGUUGUCAUUAUGGAGCUCCCAAAGGCGAAGCUGAGGAGUCGGGUGCGCCAAUGGUAACGGAAAAUUGCGCCAACAACAACAACGUCUUGCUUCGACCAUUACUAGACGAGGACAUACAAGCAAAAAAAGCACGAUUUGCUCGGAAGUACAGUACCACCUCACUUCUAGGACAAAAAUCAUGGCUGGACGAGCAAAGACGAGUGUUUAUUGCUGGUGUACUUUUCUUUGUGCUCUACAUCCUAUUAUCCUCACUGCUUUUCUCUUUUUCUACUGAAUUUGACUACUUCACAUCAGUAUACUUCUUAUUCAAUAGUGUUGCUCUUAUUGGUUUUGGUGACGUCUUCCCACAAGAGCCCAGAACCAUCCUCGUUAACGCAGUGUUUAUUGUUUUCGGAGUAGUACUAUUCUCGAUGUGCUAUUUUAUUCUUCAAGAAGAGAUACGCAACAAAGCUUUCGAAGCUUCUCGAAAAGCUCGGAUUUCCAUAUCGAAAUACUCACAUACUAUACUACAACAUGCCUCAAGAGGAGCUUGGUCUCGAAGAAAUUCACCGCUUCUCGACGCGUCCCCAGAAAGCGCUUUUGAGCGAUUACGGAAACGACGUCAAUCCGCACCUGCGUUGACGCUUACCGUACCAGCAGAAACUUCGCGGGAAGUAUAG